CCCGCCGACCCGCUGCUGCUCAAGCUGCUGCGCCUGGCCCAGCUCUGCACCGAGUACCUGCUGCACUCGCAGGAGUACCUCAGCGCCCAGCUCGGCAGCCUGGAGGAGGCCCUGCGGGCCGCCCAGGCCCAGCGCGACCAGCUGGGCAAGGAGGUGGCCCACCGCUCGCAGGAGAUCAAGGGGCUCAAGGAGGAGUGCCGCCGGAGGAAGAAGAUGAUCAGCACCCAGCAGAUGAUGCUGGAGGCCCGAGCCAGCUACCACCAGUGUCAGUUUUGUGAAAAGGCUUUUAUGAACUAUUCCUUUUUACAAAGUCACAUGCAAAGGCGUCAUCCAGAAGAAUCUCAGAUUGAGCAGAAGAGGAAAGCAAAGACAGACAAACUGCAGGAUGAGAUUGAUAAACUGAAGGAGCAGUUGCAGCUCACCAAGUCUCAGUUAGAGGCUGAACAACAGGCUAAUAUGGUCAGGUUUUCUAAGCAAAAAUCAAAAGAGGAAGAAAUUCUACAAUCAUUUCAUAAAUGGAAAGAGGAGGAAAAAGAGAAAUUGGCUGAUGAAAUAGAAAAAGUGAAACAGAUGUUUAUGAAAGAGCUUAAGGAGUUAUCUUCAAGAAAUUCAACUUUAGAAAAUCAACUGUUAGAAUUACAAAAGUCCAAUGUGCAACAAAAAUCCAAUUUAGGGACGCUGAAAGACAGCCAAGAAUUUACAGAAGAGAAAGCUCAGAGUCCUCAGGAUUAUCACAGUGUGGUUAAACUUCUUGAAAAACAG